CUGCAUUUCCUCCUCUGCCCUGUCCUUCUUUCUAGACACCAAUCCUUCUUCCUCACCCAACCGACCAACUUUCGGAGCAACUGAAUUGCAGCAUGCCCGUAGUGAUGAAAGCUCUUGCUGCUACCUCACCUGCCUUGGCGCCACCACGGCUCCGUCGAAGCCUCACAGGUUCAUCUGGUGCCCCAUGCCAAAGCCUGAACUCUUCCUUCAGCGGCAUCUCCCUGCGGUGUCGCCCCCGCCGGUACCCUGUCUACUCGAGACCAUGCAGCUCACGUUCACCGGUGGCGAUGCUGGCGGUGAAACCGGCGAUCCAGUUCAUCCAGGGCACGGACGAGCAGACGAUCCCAGACGUGCGGCUGACCAAGUCCCGCGACGGCACGAACGGGACGGCUAUCUUCGAGUUCGACCAACCGUCGGUGUUCGACUCCUCGGCUGAGCUCGGGGACAUCACGGGGUUCUACAUGAUCGACGAGGAGGGCGUGCUGCAGACAGUGGACGUGAGCGCCAAGUUCGUCAACGGCAAGCCGGCGAAGGUGGAGGCCAAGUACGUGAUGCGCACGGCCAGGGAUUGGGACAGGUUCAUGAGGUUCAUGGAGAGGUACUCGCAGGCCAACGGCCUCCAGUUCUUCAAGAAUUAAUUGUACCCUUAUCUUCUCGUGGGUCGCUGUGUGUCUGUGUUGCCGUGUUCUGUUCACCGUAACUGCUGCGUCGCUAGUCGUGAUGGAGGUGAUAAACUUAUGUAGAAGCUUGGUAUUGAGUUUUCAUGUGUUACUUCGAUUUUUUUUGUAAACACCGGCUGAAACCACGUAAUAUAAUACUUAUAUGUUAUGAAUGAAAUAAACUUAGAUCA